UUCGCGCGUUCUAAAAAAUAUCUAAAUAUUUUAGAAUCCAUCGUCAGUAUGUGUCAGUGCGCGACCGUGAAACAAACGUACCUUCCCUUAUUUUCCCUCCGGCCCGGACUGUGCGGGUCCGUUGUUGUUGUUGUGGUUGUUCUUAUUGUUGGAGUGGUCUUCUUAGUUGUUUUUUUUUCUCGCUCUCUUGUUCUUCUUCUUCUUGUCGUUAAUCUGUUCCUGCGCGUCGCGACAAGCCUCAGUGUACCAGUGUGUUAGGAUGUGUGCAAAAGGAAGAAAGAUAAAAAGUGAAAACAUGAAACGGCACGCUGCCUAAUAAAAAGAAAUGCAUUUUCCAGUGCAAAAGUACGUGCAAAUUGUAUUUUUUUAAAAGCAAAUAAUAGUUUUAUUUCCAAAAUAAUUAAAAUGAGUUACAAUCGUUACAACAAACACACCGGUGAAAAGCAAUUUCGUGCAGUGAGAAAGAGAGAGCGUCUACUAACGUCCGCGAGCAAGUGAGCGUUACCGCGUAACGGACCGACGUAACGCCCGUUACAGCGCUGUCCUUUUGCCGUUAUUACUUCGCCUGCUGCCGUUGUUUGCAGUGCAGGAGCAGCUCUGCUUUUGAGAGGGUGCAACCAGUGCACCGAAGGGCAGGGAAAGCGAUGAGGAGGAGGGGACGCUGAACGGUACCGACCUUGAACUAUAUACUUGCGCAGUGUCCGUGUACCGUGCGCCACGUCCUUCAUCCCUGUUCGUGCGGUUGUGGGUGUGUGUGUGUGUGUGGAGUGCAGUAAAGUGCAACACAUACACACACGCGCGUGCAGCUGCACCUGACCGUGGCCCAAUUGGCCACGGGAGCAUCGAAAACCAACGGGACGGCAACAGUGUCUCGGCCUGUAACGAGUGUCCUGUGCAUGUGCAUGUGUGUGUGUGUGUUGAUGCACCGGGACCAGAUUUAGUUAUGCUUCCGUUGCACGCGUUGCUCUCUCUCUCUCUCUUGCUCCCUCUCUUUCGAAGAAGUUGUCCAUCGUGUUGUAACGAAUGCAUUUUCCGUGUGUGCGUGUGUGCGUUUGCAAAUCGGGUGCGCUGACAGAAAGUGGCCAUCGCGAACCGUCCGAUGGCUUGGUAACUUCUGCGUGGUGUCUUCUCCUCCCCAACCUCCCACCCCCACAUAACAAAACAGGAAGCAGUUUUGAGCGAAAAUCGCUUGCCAGCUGGAGGAGAGAGGCAAUGCUGCAAUGUAAUGAAAAUCGGAACAACACGAAUGCAUGCAACCUUAGCGGUCGGGUUUUUUGGGGACACAGUGCGAUGUGCGAUUCGCUCCAAAGCGGCAGAUGGAGAGUUUGUAGUGUCCUAAUUGCCACGAAUUGCAUCCCAGGUGUGUGUGUUGUGUGUGUGUGCCUGCCUGGUCCUGGCGCGUGUACUGCCAGUGCCCCAUUCUAACGCCAAGUGUUGUCAAGGGCAGAUGGGUCUUGCUGGGUUGGUGAUAAUUGUGAAGAAUUCAGUGCCAACGUUUGUUGAUCCUAGUCGCCGCAAUCUCUUGUAGCUGCUGCACCUGCGGGAACCAAAGUGUACCAAAGUGUGUCCGUCGUCGUCCAAGUGUGUCGUACCAAAAGCGGAGUGUGUGAAUGUAAAAGUGCCGUGCGCGUGUGUUUCGGGCAGGUUUGAAAAGUUCGUUUUCAAAAGAAGAAAAAAAAGUACAACGCAAAAAAAAGUGUAAAGUUUUGCUCUGGUGGCACAAACUUGGAGAAAGAAGAAAUAUCGCGAGGAUGCACGAGGAAGCCACCUCAACGGCUAGCUCGUCCACGACCUCCCCGCCCGAAACGUCCUCGUCCUCGAACAUUGUGUACCCGAACGGUGACCCCAUGCUGCUGUCCACCUCGCCCACACCCGGCCCGGGUGUGGCUUCCUCCUCGUCCUCCUCCGCCUCCUCCUCUACGUCGUCAUCCACAUCCGGCACCGCUAAUCUGUACGAGGCGGUGGACCAGCAGGAGCUGCUACUCUCCAACAGUCAUCACAGUGCGGCCUUCCACGGCCAUCAGCAUCAAAUUCAGCAGCAUCAGCAAAUGCACCACCAGCAACAUUCCCAGCAAGCGUUACAGCACGUAACGCCCAACCUAACGGCAGUGGGUACCAAAAUUAUCGUUAGCGGAGGUGUGCAUCAUACCAUGCAGCAGCAGCAGCAGCAUCUUUCGCACGAACAGCAGACGCAUCAUCAACAUCAAACGCAACAUCACAGCCAUCACAACCACCUGCAACAGCAGCACCACCACCACCAUCCGUUACACCAUGUACAGACGCAGCAGCACCAUCAGCCAAGUUCCUCCACGAACGUGAUCGUUCCGGGCACGAGCCACGGCUCGCCACCUCUGCUCGUUCAGGCCAGCUCGAGCGGCGUCUCCGACAUGCUGCUCGGGCAGGAUCCGAUAACGACGACCACCGUGGCGGCGGUGGCGACGACCGGCGCCACCACCCUGCUCGCGCUGUCCCCGGACGACGUGGUGGAAUCGGUCAUCGAUGGGCGGGUCGUGACGGCCACGGAGGAGGACACACUGCUCAGCAGUCUGGCCGGCACGACGACGACCGACGGUGGUGGUGUGGUGGUGGACGAGGUCGAUGAUCACGUCGUCUCGAUGGUCGGUGCCGAUGGGACGCUGCUGGGAUGUGGUGACCCACUGCAAGGGGUCACACACCACUCUCACCACCAUCAGCAGCACCAUCUUCAUCAGCAGCAACAGCAGCCCAGCUCUUCGUCCAGUAUUACGAUCGUCACGGAAGAGUCCAUCCUUCCGCUGGCGGUGACGUCGGCAGCAUCGUCGUGCGUCCUGGCGGCCGUUACUACCCGCCGUUCGCCCGCCUCGUCCACGUCCGGUUCGUCCACACCGGCCGCAUCGUCCUCCGGUGCGGUGCCGAUGUCCUCGGGCGGCACGAUCGGCAGCAGCCCCUCGUCGUCCACCAGCGCCACGACGGCCGUUGCGGUUGCGACCGUCGGGAGCAGUGGUGGGGCGCACGCUGGGGCCGCUUGCGGGUCGUCGUCGGCGUCGGCGGCUGGCAUCGUUAUGUCCGCCCUGUCGGUUCAUAACGAUGCUGCUGCCGCCCACCUGACCGAGGCGAUCGAGAUCAACAUCCCGGAGGAGGACGACGGUUGCAGCUACGGCGAGGAUUCGGACGGCGGCGGUGGCGGUGUUGGCGGGACCACCGGUGGCGGUCCGUACCAUCACGGUGGCAGUGAUGGGGGCAUCGGCGGCAACAGCAACAGUAGCAGCGGCGGCGGCGGCGGCGGAGGCAGCCAAGCGGCCGGCGGCCAAACGGCGGGCGGCGGCGGCUCCUCCUCGGCAGCGGCAGCAGCAGCGGCAGCCUAUCUGGCGAUACCGGCCUCAGGUACUAGCGGUGGUAGUUGUAGUAGUGGCGGGGGCGCGUCCGGCGGCAGCCUCAUUGAGCACCAAACCGCACUCAAUAGUCUGAGCGUCGUGUCCGCCAUCCAAUGCGAUCAAACUGAUUUGAAAUAUUUCAUUGAAGAGCUGUGCCCGGUGUGCGGCGACAAGGUGUCCGGCUACCACUACGGGCUGCUAACGUGCGAAUCGUGCAAGGGCUUCUUCAAGCGCACCGUCCAGAACAAGAAGGUCUACACGUGCGUCGCCGAGCGCCAGUGCCACAUCGACAAGACGCAGCGGAAGCGCUGCCCGUACUGCCGCUUCCAGAAGUGUCUCGAGGUCGGCAUGAAGCUGGAAGCCGUGCGAGCCGACAGGAUGCGCGGCGGACGAAACAAGUUCGGGCCCAUGUACAAGCGGGACCGGGCGCGGAAGCUGCAGAUCAUGCGCCAGCGGCAGCUCGCCCUCCAGGCGCUGCGUGGCUCGAUCGGCGGCGGCGUCGGCAUCGGUACGCUCGGUUCGGACGGCGUUUCGCCCCAGUUGCAGGGUAUCGAUUACCACCAGCCGUACUCGAGCAUGCACAUCAAGCAGGAAAUCCAGAUACCGCAGGUCUCAUCGCUCACGUCAUCGCCGGAUAGCUCGCCGAGCCCGAUCGCGAUCGCACUCGGCCAGGUUAAUCCGCAGACGACGAUAUCGCUCAGCAGCACCGGAGUCGGCGGCAACGGUGGUGGUGGCGGUGGUGGCGGCGGCGGCGGCGGUGGCGGCAACGGUGGUGGCAGCAAUGGGUCCGGUGCCGGCACCGGCAGCUCCAACUCGAACAGCGCCACCAACAUCCAGAACCCACUGUCCGACUCGAAGCUGUGGAUGAGCGCCAACUCGACGACCGCCUCGCCCCACUCGCUCAGCCCGAAGGCGUUCAGCUUCGACUCGAAUCCCACCAGCACGGCCGACUCCGGCAACCCGGCCGACACCCUAAGGGUAUCGCCGAUGAUCCGCGAGUUCGUCCAGUCGAUCGACGAUCGCGAAUGGCAGACGUCGCUGUUCUCGCUGCUCCAGAGCCAGUCCUACAAUCAGUGCGAGGUCGACCUGUUCGAGCUGAUGUGCAAAGUAUUAGACCAAAAUCUGUUCUCCCAGGUCGAUUGGGCGCGAAAUACGAUAUUCUUCAAGGAUUUGAAGGUUGACGAUCAGAUGAAGCUCCUCCAGAACAGCUGGUCGGAUAUGCUGGUGCUCGACCACAUACACCAGCGCCUGCACAACGGGCUGCCGGACGAAACCACCCUGCACAACGGGCAGAAGUUUGAUCUCUUAGGUUUAGGGCUGCUGGGCGUGCCGAGCCUGGCCGAGCACUUUAACGAGCUGCAGAACAAGCUGCAGGAGCUCAAGUUUGACGUCGGCGACUACAUCUGCAUGAAGUUCUUGCUGCUGCUGAAUCCCGAUGUCCGGGGGAUCACCAACCGAAAGACGGUCGUCGAGGGCUACGAGAACGUGCAAGCGGCCCUGCUGGACUACACGCUUACCUGCUAUCCGUCGGUGCCUGACAAGUUCAGUAAGUUGCUCAGUAUUAUUCCGGAGAUCCACGGAAUGGCAGCACGGGGCGAGGAGCAUCUGUACAUCAAGCACUGUGCCGGCAGUGCACCCUCCCAAACGCUGCUGAUGGAGAUGCUGCAUGCUAAGCGGAAAUGAAGCUGGCCGGUUGAACCGAAUCCACCACAACCACCAGCACCACCAUCGGCCGCACUGCCACCGGUGCAGCAUCACCACCACCACCACCACCAGCAUCCGGUCGGUGGUUAUCGUCGUGUAACGCGUGCAGCUGAGGCGGAGGAAUGAACAGCGCGAGUGACCGAAAGAACCAAUUCAAUAGUGGAGCUGAUGCUUGCUUCUUGCUGUCCAUUUCAAUCCACCCCAAAUCACCAACAGGCAACAUCGAGAGACGCACGUAAGCGCACGUGCACAUCUACACACGCACGCACAAACAAUCACACACACACACACUCACUCGUGCAAUCACGUCCAGGAUGUUUUUUUGUUUUAAUCUCCACAAAAAAGAGGUCACUUGAGGAAGAGGAUGUGUGGUGUAUUUGUGUGUAUACUUAAGCUCAGUUGUUUCCGCUCGCUAGACUUAAAACUCCGGAAUGGAGGGAAUGAGGAACGCUUUUGCAAGGGCCCUUCCCUUUAGCGUGUGUGUGUGUGUAUGUGUGUCUCGUAUGUUACUUCACUUAUCCACCAUCCUCGUUACUAUCGUUAAUUAAGGUUUAACGUUAUCGAUCUUUAAGGCUCUUUAAGCACACACACACGGACACGAAUCGUCGCGAAACAAAUUUUGCUAUUUGUUUAUUGUUUUUUUUUUAAAUAUCUUUUAGUUCGUUUUUUUUCUUCUCUUAAGUAAACGUGGUAUUAGGGGUUAGUAGUGUUUGUAGUAGCUAGGGAAUAGAAAGCGAUAGAAUACAGCACCCGAACGGUCAAGGAUCGUUAUAGAGUGUAUGUGUGUGUGUUUGUAGGUGAUCGUGCGCGUGUAUGUGACAAAAAAGAAAAGAAAACCCCCAAACCUUGACGAACGUACACUAAAAAAAACGGCUACCAGGUGUGAUGAAACAAAUUGUAGAAAUGAUGGUGAUUUAAUGUAAUUACGAGCAUCGGGAAGAAUCGGAAUGAAUUUGUGCAAUGAGUGUAGAAGGUCCUUUCAAAAGAAAAUGAACAAACCGCCUAACUCUAGAAUACAUUAUGUGACGCACACACACACACACACACAUACACUCAAUAGAGGAAACCAACAAAUUCACACACACACACACAUUUACAUGUCGUUACCAAUUGCAUCUCAGCGAAAACUACCAGAAAUGUUUUAUUCUCUAUUUAUUGUGUGUUUGGCAACGGGCGAGUGCACGUGAACGGAGCAGCAUGGGCAGCAAAAGUAAACGGUAGCAGUGAAGGCCCAGGCCAUCCAGGAUGUAGAUUGUUAAACACUGCAUCGGAAGAGUAGCUUUGUGCCGUCUCUUCACCGGUGGCCAUUCAUUUAAGCGUGUGCCCCACUGUAACGAUCGUGCAGUGCAAGUAGCAGCUGUGUAGCCAGGAAGGGAAUCGAAUCGGUGAUAUGUAUAGAGGUUAGAUAGGAAGAAAGAGAGAGAGAGAAAGAUGGUUAUCUCCAUCGGGAGAGUGGAAAUUAUUUUAAAUCUUGUAACGCAAAUUGGAAUGGGAGAAAGAUGUUGAGGACGAUUUGCCAUUAGGACGCUAAAUUACAAACCACACAUCCCUCUUCAAUGGGGGGAGGCUCCAUAUAGCCACCCUCUUGGCGCACCCGCGUGCUCCGUGUGUGUGUGUGUGUUCUGUGUGUACGUGUGCAUUUGUGCACGUGAAAUCACUACGUUUUUUACGCAAACAAAACAAAUGCAAAAGAAAAGAUCGUUUAAAGUUGCGCGAGGAUAAAUAUAUGUACAGUUUGUUAUAUAUAAGUUUGAGAAGAAGCUAAGAAAAAACACACACACACCUACAGUAUGUUUAAAAAUGCAUGCGUAGUGUGGUGGGAAAAGGAUUGUAAAUUUUGUUUAUGUUUUAACACACUUACCCACUACAAACAGCAGAUGCAAAAGAAAAUGGAAAAGAGAGAGAGAGAGAGAGAGAGAGAGAGAGAGAGAGAGAGAGAGAGAGAGAGAGAGAGAGAGAGAGAGAGAGAGAGAGAGAGAUAGAGAGAGAGAGAGAGAGAGAGAGAGAGAAAUCCGGGAGGAUAGGAAAGGCAACCACUUUGCUAAAAAAUACUAAGUACUAAGUGCGCACACGCACGUGUGUUAAUAGUGAUCUAGAAAAGAAGAGAAAGCGAGUGUGUGUGUGUGUGCGUGUGAAGGGAAUGUUGGGAGGUUUUUAGUAGUGAUAGAAACUAAUAGUGUAGCUGUACUAAAAACGAAGAAGCCGAAGAGAGGGUGAGUAGGAAGAAAAGAAAAACACAACACACAUAAAUACGCAUACAGCAACAACAAAACAACACACACACAUAAAAAAGGAAACAAAGGAUCUAAAACUAAGUGUUCACUAAAUGUUAAAGCAAAAAUCAUGAUUACAUUACAAAACAAAACAACAAAAAAACAAGCAAGAAAGUAGAUAAGGAAAAAAAUACGCAGAAUUAGUAAGCGAGGCAAGGUUUAAUAAGAAGCGGGGUUUAGUAGACAGCAACAGUCCGUUUCAUGCUUUGCCGGUUCGGUUAACAGUUUUCGGUUUAUCUUUUUUUCUUUCUUUUUUCGAAGAGGGUUUUAAACCACCCACCACCGAAGUGGGGAGCUACUGGGGAAGCGUGAUGCGUUUUUGUGUAGUGCAAUUUGCAGUGCAACAGGCGCUGCAGCAUCCUGCCUUUGGCUUUGUGUGUCUCGGAGAGAGAGUGUUAUUUCUUUUCCUCUCCCUGUUAUUGCGCUUGUGAUUGUGUUUCAUGUUUUAUCAUCAUUGGUGCCUGGUGAUCAACCGGUAUGACCGAGUUUUUGCUUUGGAAAUUUCCCCCCUUUUCACGCAGCAUACAAUGGGCCGUAAAUGGGAACGGUUUCAACAAACACUGGCAGUGCAGUACAGUAACGGAAACUUUAAUACAAAAAAAAACACACACAGAGAAAUAGAUAACCAUUUAUAAAUGCCUAUACUACACCAUCGUUGCUGUUACAAACUGAUAUAAUAUCUAAAACCACACACCACACACGCAUACUGCAAACAAACAAACAAUGCAUAAAGUAUAUAAAACCACUGUUCUAACUGUUAUGAAAAUAAUGUGUACACCCAACUUACCGUAAUGUGCAAAAACAAAAAAAAGCAAACAAACAUCCCCAUGAAACAGAGAGAGAAACUGUUGAUAUUAACUUUUAUUUCUUCCUAGUCUCCACGAGUGAAGAAAAGCGAAAAAUCCAACAUUUAAGAGACAAACAAAAAUAGAACUAACCGAUGUACUAUUUAUAAAUAUAUAAAACUCUCAAAACCUGAUUAGUCAGCAACAGAAUGUUACCGAAUAUUAUCUACAAAACAAACGUAAGAAAACAAAAAACAAACAAAACACAAUGUAAAAUGUAAAGUGCAAGUAAUAGUGUAAUAAUACCCUCCCGCAAAAAUAAUCCUAAAAACCCAUUAUUGCGCAAUAGCACAGAUUUUAAAACCGCUUUCGACGUGCAUCACAAACAGCAACUCACACAAGUAGUAUCAGUAAAACUGCGCAACAAGCAGCAGCAGAACAGCAGAAAAUACCUACAAAAAAAACAAACAAAAAAAGCCGAAUGAAUCCGUCUAUUUACACAGCAAAAUAAGCCAACUGUAACUAAAAAUGAAAAGCGUGAAUUGAAAAAUUUAAGAAAUGUUAAAGUAAAAACCACAAACGCAGCGGCGAAUGAUCCAAGAAGAGAAAAAAACAAAAAGAGAAAUCUUUCAGGAGUUAGCAAGAUAAACGGGCGUUAGAGAGAGAGAAAAAGAGAAAGAGAUGCAUGCCAAACUCGCGACACAACGUAGAAAAGAAGAAAAAAUAGCGUAGCCGGGAAAAGAUAAGAAGAAAAGGACACAAAAGAGGGGAAAAACAGAAAACCAGCGGUACAGCAAACAAAUUUUCUCUUUACAUUGUAAAUAGUAGCGUGUACGUAUUGUGUUUAAGGGCAUUCUUUACAUUCCAUCUCCUGUUCCUGGCUUUAAAGGGGUGACAACGCGGUCAAAUGUUGCCAUUUAUGUUCUUCUUCUUCUUCCUUUCUUUCUUGCUCUUGUGUUCUGUUCUAUGUUCUAUUUUCUGUUUUGCUAUCUGAUCUACUACUUUUACUACUACUUCUACUACUACUACUACUACUACUCCUGCUCUGUUUCCUGCACUCAUACAGCGCUUGUCUCAUGAUGUGUGGGGCGUCUUUUUUAGAUAUGGUUCAAUAAUAUAUAUUAUCUUGCUAUUGUUAAACUGUUUCUUUUUUUAUUUAUUUCCGUUCCCUCUUGCUUUUAUGCUUUCUUUCCUUUCUUCGUUUCUUGUUUUUGUCUUUUCCUGUGCUCUAUUCAUGUUUUUUCUGUUAUUUUUCGUUGCUUUAAACUUUUUUCUUUAUCUUACCUUCCUCUGUUGUUGGUGUUGGCUAUUUAUUUUACAAUUUCUUAUUCUUUUGAAUCUCUGUUCACUAAUCGAACGGUUACCAGUUUCACGCUGUCGAAUUUUAUUCUCAUUGAGUAUGUACCUUUUUGCAACAAUAUAUUUUCUUCUCUGUGGUUCUUCCACCUCUUUUCUGCUCUUUUAUUGUCUGUUCUAUUAUUUUUCACAUUUUUCAUCUACUUUUCAUUUUCUUUCAUUUUAUUCUGUACCCUUUUAAGACAUUUCCUUUUAUUUCUGCUCCUUUUUCUUCACGCCUUCCUCUCCAAAUCCGACCUUUCAAAUGUGUGUUGCUUGCGAUAGCGGAUAAAUCGUUAAACAAUGAAAACCAAGUAAUGAAAUCGAGUAUCGAAUGUGUUCCGAAUAUAUGCAUCACUCUUUACAAAGUUACGCACUGUUCGUGUAUUAGUGUGGUGUGUAUGUGAUUAAUAUGUAGCUGUACAAGCGUGGUCGUAAAGCUUUAUGAAAAGGGGGGGUUAAAAAGUAAAACAAAACAACAAACACACACAUAAACACAACGUUACCAAAACAAACCAUACAUACAUACAAAUACAGAAAAGGAUAGGGAAAAGAACAAAAACAAACAGUUGCUAAAGUAACUAACUCCUGAAACACGGAUGGAGAAAUAGAAGCAAACCAAAACACUGUAGAAACGCCUUGAACGAUGUGUGUUAGCUUUUAGUAGCAUUCGGAGAAGGGAGCUAGAACACAGCAGCAAGAAGCAGAAGAAGGAACCGAAAGUGGUAGAAGAUUAGAAUCCACCCCUCCACAAACCCCCUCUUUGCAGGACUUUUGCCGCUCCCAGCAGGAGGAAUGCUUAGAAACAAAACGAUAUAUUUUUCGAUGUAAACUUUUUGUCCCCUUUUAGCCUAUCCCAAUCAAAAAACAGGAUUGUUAGCGGCAUGGUCCUGCUCAUUCACACACAGACACACAUAAUACACACAUAGAAAGCUACAGAAACAACACAUGAACUAAAAUGAAAUGCCUUUUCAAAGUACAAACGUGUUUGUUGAAGCGAAGUGGAAAGGAUCGAUGGAGGUGUGUAGUAGAAGUGAAAGUUCCGAGUAGUGUUCCGUGGGAGGGGGGCAUGCGUUGUAUUUGAAGUAGUGAGUCGUCGUUUUGCGUAGGAUUAUCUCUCGUACCUUGUACAUAUGAUUUGGUGCUGGUUUGCCCGUAACGGAGGGAACCAUCUAGCUAGGGUGACCAAAAACAAAAAAAAACACAAAAUCUCUUCUCGUGUGUUUGUGUGCGUGUCUGUUACCUGUCAUUAGUGUAGUGGAUGUGGAAUAGAUAAAGGAAGAAGAUAGGAAAGAGUGUGCGAAAAACACACAGAACCACAAACACACACACACACACAAAACCGAUGGAAAAUGUAGUAGUCAAAAACGUAUCCUCGCUUCAUAUGAACAAAAAGAUAAAAAGAACAUAAAAACAAUACAUUAUAAAUAGUGCGCUUAAUGGAAAAAGCAGCACAUAUAAAUAUUUUAGAUAGAAAAAGGAAACAAAGAAAUAACUACAAGCAACACACAUUUGAAAGUAAGUUAAAUUGGUUUGGAUAUGUACUGUUUAGCAGUUUGGUAAAAGCAAACAAAUUAAUCGGCAAAAUAACAACAAAUAUGAAUGGAAAAACAAAUAUAAAAACUCAAACAAAACAGCUGCUAAAAGAAAAUUUUAGGCAAAGAAACAAACAGAUAUUGUUUAGGAGUUAAUUGGCAUAAUUGAUUGCUUUUUAUCAUUUAUUUCUCCUUCUUAAUCCACACACACACAAAGAAUAUAAAUGAUCCCAUUUACACGAGGCACGGGUAGCAAUGAUCACUCCCCCAACUCGACAGGAGAGGCGUGUUAGUGUGUGUGAAGAAAGCAGAGCCGCAGGACAGCGAUGUAAGGUUAAAAGGAUAGGAAAAAAAGCCGGUAAAAACAUACGUAGCUAGUUGUUUAGUCGAAGAAGAUGAAGAAGAAGAAAAAGAAGAAGAAAAAUAAGAAGAAGAAGAAGAAGAAGAAGAAGAAUAAGAAGAAGAAGAAGAAGAAGAAGAAGAAGAAGAAAAAGAAGAAGAAGAAAAAGAAGAGGAAGAAAAAAAACAAACCAAUUUUGCUUGAAAAAAAAACAUUCCAGCAGCCGCCAGCCAGUAUCAGUACAGCGAAACAGCGAAUGCGAUCGUGAUCGUUAGGUGUGCAAAAAGAAGAAAACAAAGAAAACAAAGCGAAGAAGCUAAACGUAAAGAGGUAAAAAAACACACACACACAAACAAACAAACAAAACCGUGGAAAUAUUAUUAGAUUGAAAAUCAUAAUUUGCCACAGUGAUAUAUUAUUAGGCAGUAGUAGGACGACACUAUUAGGACGUAGAAAAGCAAACGAGGGAAUGGAAAGGAAAAAAAACUGUAUCCACUGUUUUAGUGUCAUUUUUCCUCUUUUCUUUUCCUUGUCGCUCCGUUGGCAUCUCGAAUCAAUCUCUUCCUCUCUGAUCUAAUGCUCGCUUGAAGGCGGCGGACCAUUUUCUAUCUUGGAUCAUUCGUUGCUCUCUCGUUUUGGGCACGCGUAGUGUGAAAUAGGCUAGGGGGGGGGGGGAGGUCAAAAUUUAAACACAAAAACACUGCUGCACCACAAAACCACCACAAACUUUCUGGUUUCCCGAGCUCACAAGAACUCCGCACACAUACCCGCAUAACGCAAAAGUAACGCAAAAACUAGCUGUGCAAAACCGUAGCGCAAAAAACACACACACACAACAACAAAUACGCAACCACAGUUGGGGAGGAAAAAACGAAACGAAAAAGAUGUGCGAAAAACGUGUGUAAUGUGUAUAAAAUAAGUGUAAGUGUAAAGAAAACGUGCAACCACACACUACAUCACAAAGAGAAGAAGAAAAAAACAAAGGCUAAAGCAAAAUGAAGCAAAAAGAAAAUGCGAUAUUACAAAAAAAAGAAGCAAAACAGUCACGCGUGAGAAGACAAAAAAAUAAGAAGAUAUGAAAAAUGUGAGAGAGCGAAGUGAGAGAGAAAAGAGAGAAAAAGUGAAACAAACAAACAAACAAAAAAAUUGGGUACCUUACCUUGAUGUGUUUUCAGAAGAGUUUCUUCUGUCUUUGUAGUUUACGAUUAUUGUUUUGUUUUAUCUACUUUUUCCAUCUUUCUUUAUACAUUUUCUUUCUAGAAGCUAGAAGUUUAAGCCGUUUAUACGCAUAAGUUUAGUACACUAAUCUAUUCUACUAUACUUUUCUUUCUCAUUUUCUUACCUCGUUCCACUGUUCACUCCAUUCUCUACCUGUACUGCUCUACUUUACAAUUUUCCUCUACUUUCUCCCUUCUUUUUUUCAAUCUGUUACCCUUUUUUUCCAUUUUCCUUAACACACCUACACCUACUUAAAAUAGCGUUUGGGUUUUGUUUUAAAGCAUUAAUUUUCGUCUUCGCCGCCGCUACCCUUAUACUUGUUUUAUAUUUUGUAAUAAAGUCGUUAGUAAUAAUAAUCGUGUAAUAAUUAAUAAUAAAAAUGAAACACAAAAAAAACUACAACAAAAAACAAAAGAACAACCUUCGUUAAGCGGGAAGGGAGGAGGGGAGGGGGACAGGGGAAGGGGCUGUGGGAACUGGAUGGGGGAAUGGGAUAUGGAGCAAGAGAAGGGGGAAAUAAUCGUUGCACGAAUGUACCUUUGGUUUAGAAUUAGGAAAGAGAGGAAAGAGAAAGAGAAAAGUGAAGAAACGAAAGUGAAAGAAGGAUAAUAAAAUAGCUUUAUUGUUUUUUUUUUGCUGGAAAAGUGAAAAACAACAAACGAGAAAAGAGAAAGAAACCCGAACAUCAUGAGCAUCGAAUGCAUGCAUGAUAAAAACACACAAAACUACAGAAUAUAUAUUAAAAAACACAAAAACAA